UCAUGCCGCUCAGACAAGCCCCGCCCCUCCCUGAAACACACAAGUCUUGUUUUGGACGUCUUCCUCAUCUUUACUCCGCGGGACACUUUUUACUUCUCUUCGGACAACAUUUUUGAAGACACUUGUAACCUUAAACGCCCGCCAAGUUAGUCGACAAUCAAAUUGAACAACAGCCGCGACAUUUUGGACUUUUCGUCAAGUGGCGAGGAGAAACAUCAUAUGAGAAGAUUCCAAGCUGGAAGACAGCUUCUUGCUUUGUCUACUUAACGGAACACCGUAUCAUGUUGUGGAAAGUUUGCUGACGCCGUUGUGACUUUGGGAUCAGUUGGCCAUGUUGGAUCCGGUAUGUCUGCCAGAGGACGUCAGCCGAUUUAACAGCCAUCCUGCUUCCACACACAGACACAUGACCCUAACUUAAGUCUGUGAGAGGAUUCUUCCACCGCCAUCAAUGGAGAGUUAAUGUGUGCGCACUACGAUGGGGACAAUGCAGAAUAUUUGGACAUUCCCAUCAAUGAAUUAAAAAAAAAUCAUAAGACUUAUGGGAUAAUUCACAACGUGACCACAAUCUGGACCAGUCGUCUGUCCCACAAUGCAUUGCUCGUUGAGAAAGAAAACACCAGCGCGCAACUCGGACUUCUCGGCUAUUGCCGUCCCCUCCAUGCACGGGUCAGGGUACCUGGACUACACGGUGGAAAGCCACGCGUCCAAGUCCCUGCAGCACAUGGACGAGUUCCGACGUCAGGAGGUACUGUGUGACCUGGUGCUGCACGUCACGCACAAGGAGAAGAGCAUGGACUUUAAGGUGCACAAGGUGGUCCUGGCCUCGUGCAGCCCCUACUUCAGAGCCAUGUUUUCCAGCAGUUUCAAAGAGUGUCAGGCCUCGGAGGUCACCCUGCGCGACGUCUGCCCCCAGGUGGUGGGGAGGCUGAUCGACUUCGCCUACACGUCCCACAUCGUCGUGGGGGAGAAAUGUGUGCUGCAUGUUCUUUUGGGUGCCAUGAGGUUCCAGAUGGAAGACGUGGCCAAGGCAUGCUGCGACUUCCUCACCAAGCACCUGGAGUCGUCCAACGUCAUAGGCAUCACUCUCUUCGCAGAGGAGAUCGGCUGCACCGAGCUCUACAUGAAAGGCCGGGAAUACAUCAACACGCACUUCAGUGAGGUGACACAUGCACUCAGUCUUAAGAGAUGCUUUCGACUGGAUUUACUGCACGCCUUUCGAGGAAAUAACAUCAAAUGUGUGUUGUUGUUUGCUGGUUUGCCCCAGGUGACCAAAGAGGACGAGUUCUUUAGUUUGUCUCACUGCCAGCUGCUGGAACUCAUCAGUCAGGACAGCAUCAAGGUGCUCUGUGAGUCAGAGGUGUAUAAAGCAUGUACAGACUGGGUGAGCUGGGACCUGGAGAAUCGAGCCCAGUACUUCCACGCUCUCCUGAACGCGGUCCACAUCUACGCUCUGCCCCCCAAGUUCCUGAAAAACCAGCUCCAGUCCUGCCCCAUCCUCAGCAAGGCCAACGCUUGUAAGGACUUCCUCUCAAAGAUCUUCCAGGAAAUGACGUUAAGGAAGGUUACUCCGGCGCCCAUACGUGGAACACAUCUCAUCUACGUGGCUGGAGGAUAUCGGCAGCAUUCCCUGGCCACCAUGGAGGCUUACGACCCGCGCAGGAAAGUGUGGAUAAACCUCGCCGACAUGGCCGCUCCCAGCAGUGGCCUGGCAGCGUGCACCCUUUUCGGGCUCCUCUACACCGUCGGCGGCCGAAACCUGUCUCUGGAGAACACCACCGAGUCCAACAUGCUGUGCUGCUACAACCCUAUGACCAACCAGUGGAGCCAGCGCGCUCCCCUCAACAUCCCCCGAAACCGGGUCGGGGUGGCAGUGGUGGACGGCUGCAUCUACGCAGUGGGCGGAUCCCAGGGCUCCACGCUGCACAACACUGUGGAGAGGUGGGAUCCAGAGUCCAAUCGCUGGUCCUUUGUGUGCCCCAUGUCGGUGGCCCGGAUGGGGGUAGGAGUGGCGGCCUGCGGGGGAGCCCUCUACGUGGUGGGUGGCCUUGAUGGACCGAACCGCUCCAAUAUGGCAGAGAAAUACCAACCGGACACGAACACCUGGCACCAGCUGGCACCCAUGAGCACCGUACGCAGCGGACUGGGGUUGGUGUGUGUCAACUCUUACCUGUACGCCAUAGGAGGCUUUGACGGACGCCACCCGCUGGCCACCGUGGAGCGCUACAACAUAGCCAGGAACACGUGGGAGUCCAGGGCAUCCAUGCAGAGCGGCCGGAGCGCGCACGGCGUGGCUGUGCACCAGGGCCGCAUCUUUGUGCUCGGAGGCUUCAACCAGCACGACUUCCUGUCCAGCGUGGAGCGUUACUGCCCCGAAAGGAACGAAUGGACGCACGUCACCGAAAUGUCGACGGGGCGCAGCGGCAUGGGCGUGGCCGUCACCAUGGAGCCGUGUCCGGGCAGCCUUCCCGAGCAAGACGGAGAAGCCGAGCAGGAUGCCACGAACUGAUGAAGGAGGUGCCGGUUUGUAAGUGGAUGCAACAGUGUUAUGUGUGAAAUGUGGAAGAUUGCAGGUGGACUUUUGCAUGGAAAAAGGACAUCUAUUGAAUGUUGGAAACCAACCAAGGUGCAACAAUUACCAACAAUCUACAAUAUUUAAUUCAUUUUGAAAAACUGUUGCAUUUCUACCUCUUAUAACCCCCCUCCCCACAAACAUCUAAAUGAGCACUUUGCUGAUGCCAAUGUAGUUCAUAUUUACUUGACAUGUAAAGCUUUUGAAAAUAAAUAUAAUGAAAUAGUUUAA